AUGUCGAAACGCGUGACGCUUUUCGAUCCGCCCGCGCAGGAUCAUUCCAAGGCUCUUAUUGAAAAUGUGCUUGAUUUGACGCCAGUGGUGGACCUCGGCCCAGAUGUCUUCACCAAUACCCGCCCGCUAUGGCAUCCUCCCGGAGCUCGAGGCAUUUACGGCGGCGCCGCGAUCGCGCAGUCCCUAUCAGCCGCCAUGUUGACCGUCCCCGCCGACUACGCCGUCCACAGCAUGCACUGCUACUUCGUGCUUGCCGGCGACUCGGAGAUCCCAAUCCUAUACCAUGUUGAGCGCGUACGCGAUGGAAGGAGCUUUGUGACCCGAACCGUGCAGGCGCGGCAACGGGGGCGGCCGAUCUUCACCACCACGCUGAGCUUCAGCCGGGUCGGCAGUGGUGGUGAGAAGACGGUUCACCACGCCGUAUCAAAACCAGACGUCCCAUUGCCAGAAGAUGCUGAGCCGGGAAGUCUGAAAGCCCUCAGCAAUGCGGGGGGUGGUCCGUUUGAAUCAAGAAAGGCGGGAAUUUUGAACCGCACAUCCCCCAACCAAGAAGAUAAGAAGGUCCGACGAUAUAUUCGCGCCCGCGGCGCAAUCUCCGAACAAGGUGGGUACCAAGCACACCUGUCAGCGCUUGCGUAUAUCACCGAUAGCUAUUUCAUCGGUACCAUCACGCUCGUCCAUGAUAUCCCGCGGUUCUCUUCCCCAGCAGAACUUGAGAAGCUUUUAAACGCGCUUAAAAACCCAUCCGAUCUCGAUGAUGAGGAUAUCACGCGAGCUUUGAAGGAGUUAAAGGAAGAGGAGGCUGCAGAGUUGCGUCGCCGUGUAGAAGGAGCCUUGAACAGGGCCACAUCGGGCAAGAAUGAGGUAGACCAUAAAGAGGUUGGUAUGAUGGUCAGCCUGGACCACUCCAUUUACUUCCACAAUCCCAGGGCAUUCCGUGCCGAUGAGUGGAUGUUGACGGAGAUGGAGAGUCCGUGGGCCGGCGAAGGACGAGGCCUGGCAAUUCAGAAGAUUUGGUCUAAGGAUGGGGUUCUUAUUGCUACUUGCACGCAAGAGGGUGUGGUGCGAUUAAAGCAAGACAAGCCGCCACUGUCAAAGAUUUAA